AUGGCACAAGCUGAGUUUUGCAUGUGGGCACUUUUGAUAUUGGUUCUAGCUCAUUGCCAACUACAAGGUGCUCAAGGGGUACAGUCUAUAUCAGGUCUUGGUAUCAAUUGGGGUGCACUAGCAUCACACCCUUUGCCUCCAAACAUUGUGGUAAAUUUGUUGAAGGACAAUGGGAUCAAGAAGGUAAAACUUUUCGAUGCAGAUUCUUGGACCGUGAAUGCUCUUUCUGGUACUGACAUUGAAGUCAUGGUUGGAAUUCCUAAUGCUCAAUUGGGUAAAUUUGCUAGAAGUAGCGGAGAUGCAGAAGAUUGGGUGAAAGAAAAUCUAACCAAACAUUUUCAUAAUGGGGGUGUGAACAUCAGAUACGUAUCUGUUGGAAACGAACCAUUCCUGAAGAGUUACAAUGGUUCGUAUGUAGGGACUACACUCCCAGCAAUGCAAAAUAUUCAAAAGGCUAUUGAUAAGGCUGGUAUUGGAGACAAAGUGAAGGUGACAACUGCAUUGAAUGCCGAUGUUUAUGAGUCUCCUUCGAACAAGCCAUCAGAUGGAGAUUUUCGAAGUGACAUAAUUGACGUUAUGAAACCAUUACUUAAUUUUCUUCAUGAAAGGAGCUCCCCAUUUCUUGUCAACAUAUACCCUUUCCUUAGUUUGCACCAAGUUGAAGGCUUUCCGGAAGAUUUAGCAUUCUUUGAUAGUCAAAGCAAAACGAUUGAUGACAAAAAUGCACAAUAUAGCAAUGUGUUUGAUGCGAAUUUCGACACUCUUGCUUGGUCAUUGAAAAAGGCUGGCUACCCUGACAUGAAAAUUGUAAUUGGGGAAAUUGGAUGGCCAACUGAUGGUGAAAAAAAUGCUAAUAUCAAUAAUGCACAAAGGUUCUACCAAGGGUUGCUUGAGAAAAUGGCAAACAAGAAAGGUACUCCACUAAGACCUGGACCCAUGGAGGCAUAUCUAUUUUCUCUUCAUGAUGAGAACAUGAAGAGUAUUGAACCUGGUAACUUUGAGCGUCAUUGGGGAAUUUUUCGCUACGAUGGAAAGCCUAAGUUUCCUAUAGAUUUUUCUGGUCAAGGACAAAAUAAAUGGCCAGAAGCAGCCAAAGGUGUUCGUUACCAAGAACAUAAAUGGUGUGUCCUUAGCCAAGAUGUUAGGAACUUCAGUCUUGUACCAGAUGCAUUAAAUUAUGCUUGUGGAGGUGCUGAUUGUACAAGCUUAGGAUUUGGUUGUUCUUGUGGAAAUUUAGGCCUUCCUGGUAAUGCUUCGUAUGCUUUUAACCAAUACUUUCAGACUAGGGACCAAAGCGUUGAGGCAUGUGAUUUCAAUGGAUUGGCCACUAUUGUAACGGAGGAUCCAUCAAAGGGAAGUUGCUUAUUCCCUAUAGAGAUUGAGAGCAGUGGUGACAAGCUCAGAGCAAUACAUACACUGGGAGGCAUUUUAAUUGGGUUGUCAUUGUUUUUUAUAACAUUUGCAUAA